AUGGAGGGGCGGGAACAGAGGGUGGAGGAGGAGGAGGUUCGGGUGGUGGAUGGAGAGGUGGAGGAGGAGGAGGUUCGGGCGGUGGAUGGAGAGGUGGAGGAGGAGGAGGUUCGGGCGGUGGAUGGAGAGGUGGAGGAGGAGGAGGUUCGGGUGGUGGAUGGAGAGGUGGAGGAGGAGGAGGGUUCGGGUGGUGGAUGGAGAGGUGGAGGAGGAGGAGGUUCGGGUGGUGGAUGGAGAGGUGGAGGAGGAGGAGGUUCGGGCGGUGGAUGGAGAGGUGGAGGAGGAGGAGCUGAAACCCAGAGCACACAGAGAGUCCCUCUCCAGGCGUCUCUGGACCGGUCCUGUCCCUACCGAGGGUGGAGCCUGUACUUCACAGAGGGCUUCGUGGCGAGCUCCCCCGCCGUGGAGAAGAUCCGAGUGUUUGAGAAAUAUUUCAGCUCCAGGAUUCACCUGUAUGACAAGGACGAGAUCGAGCGUCAGGGCAGCGUCCUGGUGGACUACGCAGACCUGGUCGGGGACGGAGCGGUUCUGGAGGCGCUUCCAGAGAUCGUCACCGAGCUGAAGGAGCAGCCGGAGCUGCUGAUCAGCUGCCUGGGAGCCGCGGUUCACCAGGUGUUGACGGUGGAUUUGGAGAAACAAGCGGCCGAGCUGCAGGAGGACGAGCUCCCCGUCUCGACUCCGAUCGUCAGCAUCCCUCACAUCAGCGCACGGCUGUAUAACUACGAGCCGCUGGCGGCGCUGCGGACGCUGCGCGCCGCGGCGUUCGGCCGGCUGGUGAGCGUGAAGGGGACGGUGAUCCGGGUCAGCAGCAUCCGGCCGCGCUGCGCCCGCAUGGCCUUCAUCUGCCAGGGCUGCUCCGCCGCCGCGUCGCUGCCGCUGCAGCACGGCAAGUACUGCACGCCCACCAAGUGUGUCCAGCCGGGAUGCCGCAGCCGCUCCUUCCUCCCCGUCCGCAACUCCCCCCUGACACACACCGUCGACUGGCAGAUCAUCAAGAUUCAGGAGCUGAUGGGCGGCGAGCAGAGGGAGGCCGGGCGAAUCCCCCGCUCCGUGGAGUGUCACCUGACCUCUGACCUCUGUGACAGCUGCGUCCCGGGAGACACUGUCACCGUCACAGGGAUCGUCCGAGUCACGAAUGAUGGAGGCUCCAGAGGGAAUAAGGACCAGUGCAUGUUCCUGCUCUACAUCGACGCCACUUCUGUCAGCAACACUAAAGGCCACCAGGCCAAGUCUGGAGGUCAGGGGUCAGGGGCGCCUGAGGACCGGCCGGCCGGGGAGGAGUUCAGCCUGAAGGAGCUGUACGCCGUGCAGGAGAUCCAGGCUCAGCCCCACCUGCUGAGGCUCAUCGUGCACUCGCUGUGUCCGGUCAUCUACGGCCAUCUGAUGGUGAAGGCGGCGCUGGCGCUGGCGCUGUUCGGGGGCCGGCAGAAGCACACGGACCGGAACAGCGUCCCGGUGAGGGGCGACCCCCACAUCCUGCUGGUGGGAGACCCCGGCCUGGGGAAGAGCCAGAUGCUGCAGGCCGUCUGCAACGUGGCUCCCAGAGGAAUCUACGUCUGUGGGAAUAGCACCAGCACCACAGGACUCACCGUCAGUUUGUCUCGAGACGCCGGAACGGGAGACUUCGCUCUGGAGGCCGGGGCUCUGGUGCUGGCCGAUCAAGGAACCUGCUGCAUCGACGAGUUCGACAAGCUGGGCGGCCAGCAGCAAGCCCUGCUGGAGGCCAUGGAGCAGCAGUCCGUCAGCCUGGCCAAGGCCGGCAUCGUGUCCUCCCUGCCCGCCCGGGCGUCCGUGGUGGCCGCCGCCAACCCCGCCGGAGGACACUACAACCGAGCCAAGACCGUGUCCGAAAACCUCAAGAUGGGCUCGGCGCUCCUGUCUCGCUUCGACGUGGUCUUCCUCCUCCUGGACGUCCCCGACGAGUCCCACGACCGCCGCUUGUCGGAGCACAUCAUGGCCCACCGCACGGGGCGAGGCCGAGCCGGCGGCGCCGAGGUCUCCAGAGCCGGCGGCGCCGAGGUCUCCAGAGCCGGCGCCGCGUCGGAAAGCUCCAUCCUGCUGGAGCACGCCGACCUGCCGCUGUCCGAGCGCCUGCAGGUCCCCGCGGGCGAGACGCUGGACGCCAUCCCGGCCUGCCUGCUGAGGAAGUACGUGAGCUACGCCCGGCAGUACGUCCGUCCCUCGCUGUCCCCCGAAGCGGCGCAGACCCUGCAGGACUUCUACCUGUCCCUGAGGGCCCAGGCCCACUCUGCCGACGCCACGCCCAUCACCACCCGCCAGCUGGAGUCUCUCAUCCGCCUGACCGAGGCCAGAGCCAAGCUGGAGCUCCGGGAGACGGCCACGAAGAGCGACGCCGACGACGUGGUGGAGAUCAUGAAGCACAGCUUGGCAGACACGUACUCGGACGGCCUCGGCAAUCUGGACUUCGAGCGCUCCCAGCACGGGUCGGGCAUGAGCCAGCGCGGCGCCGCCAAGAGGCUGGUGGGCGCGCUGCACUCGCACGCUCAGAGGACCGGGCAGAAGCAGUUCGACCUGCAGACGCUGCGCUCCGUCGCAGAGAGGGUGAACAUCAAGGUGCUGGAUUUCGACGGUCUCCUGAGUUCCCUGAAUGAACAAGGCUUCCUGCUGAAGAGAGGAGCCAAGCUGUACCAGCUGCAGACGGUUUCCCGCGCCGCUGUUGGCGCGGGGCGCGGGUAUGUGCUGGCGCGAGCCCGCGUCAUGGCGGCUCAGACACACAGCUGUCACCGCGGAGCGCGCGAGGUUAAUGCCGCCGCAGCCCCCCUCACGGCGUUGGUGAUCUUCAGGGACGUGGGUCUGAUCGCCGCCGUCUUCUGGGUCCGAUACAAGACGGUUCCUCCGCCGGUCACGCUCAGUAAGUUCUUCAACCCCUGCUACACCACCGCACAGCUGCAGCCCACGCUCUUCAGCAAGGUGAACACGGCCAUCCAGCUGUGUCUGGUCGCCGCCUCGCUCGCCGCUCCGGUCUUCCACUUCACCGACAGCGUCCUGCUGCAGGGCUUAUGGUACGUCACGGCCGUGACCACGGCGGCGUCGGGCUACAGCUACUGGCACUACGGCCGCAAGACGGUCCGGGUGCUCAACACCAGGCCGCCGUCCUGA